AACGCCCAUAGAUUAGUAUGAGAAACUUUCAGUUACAACAAGUGCAGCAAGUUCGUAAAGUACAGUUUUGAAAUAGUAAUAUUCUACAGAUAAGCCGACGGAUUAUAUUCAUCAGUAUGAUUAUGAAGUUAUUCGCAUUCUUUCCAUGCUUUUUCCUGUAUCUAGUAGCCGCUAAACAGACACCCCGGUCAAAUUGUUGCAGAAGAUUACCACAUACAUAUAACAUUGGAUACGAUAUAACUGGGCGACCGUUGCAAUUGGAUGUUGGGCGCUGUAGCGCCUCCUGUGAAAAUUCCGACGUCCUCCGGAGCAGCAGUUACAUCAGUGUUCUUGCAAGAAUCCGAGAGCGAAAGGAUAACUCUGCUGAAUCGCUGACUUGCCGGACACAUACCCACCACAGGGGAGAAUGUCAGCCAUCGGUCGUACAUGUUGAGGCGGUCGCCUUUGAUCGCGGCCCCAAGUAUUAUGACGUCAUUGACGAAUGUUCUUGCCGAAAAACUCCGAAAAGAUGCGAAAGAAUUCCGAAGAUGAAAAGAUUCUUCGCUGGCACUGGGUUCGAAGCCACGGUGGAUGUUGGACAAUGUGCCGGGGGUUGCCGAAAAGAGAAAAGUGGAAAAGGUUGUAGACCAACACGCACCGCUUCCAGACCAAUUCUUGGUCCAAAUGGGAUGAUAACAGUCCAUACGAUUGCUGAAUGCAACUGCCAACCCACUUGUUACAGGCAACAUUUUAACGUGGCUGUAACUGAAAGAGCUGAAAAUAAAAGCACCGGCGAAUACACUUUUAGAACAAAGGUAAUCGACGUUGGAAGGUGUGUUGGUACCUGUGGCCCCAUUGAACGAUGCGUUGUUAGAUCUAAUAAAAGGAAUCAGCACACUGGCGACACCAAGUGCCUCAUGUCUUUGGAGACGGCUGACGUCACGUGUGCACCCACCCGUGUUAAUGACAUCACAUAUGUGGGGCGAAGUGGAGAAGUGGAACACGUUGCUCAAAUCAGACGCUGCGGUUGCACAUGAGAAGUUUUGCACUGACGUCAUCAAUACGUCAUUAAUCGUAGAAAGGAAGUGAGGCCAGGGAUGAAACGGUUGGGUCGAACUUGUGGUUCCAUUUUGCAGCGUUUUGUGCCUUGUCACUUUUUUGUAGCCGUGUACCACCAGUCAUGUUUAUAAAACACAGUAUAGUUACUGUGAUUUUGUAAAAUAACUGCACCAUUAAGCAUAAUCGAGCAACUUCACAUUUUGUUUCAAUACAUACUUAGCUACAAA